AUGCGCGAGCUGUUGGAGCUCAAGAAGAGCCCGCCAGAAGGAAUUCGCGUUCAAACAAGCGACGACGAUAUGCUAGACGUUGUCGGUAUCAUCGAGGGUCCAGAGGGUACCCCGUACGCUGGUGGAUACUUUAAAGUGAAGUUCAAGUUUACAGAAGAGUUCCCAGCGGCGCCACCCAAAUGCUGGUUCGCGACGAAGAUCUUUCAUCCCAACGUAUCCGCGGCGGGCGAAAUUUGUGUCAACACACUCAAAAAAGACUGGAAAUCAACCUAUGGCAUCGGCCAUAUACUAGUCACCGUCAAGUGUCUGCUCAUUUAUCCCAAUCCCGAAUCAGCGCUUGACGAGGAGGCCGGCAAGCUUCUGCUUGAAAACUACCAAAGCUACUGCGACCGAGCCAAACUCAUCACCAGCAUCCAUGCGACACCUCGAGUUCGACCAGCCGAGUUCGACGCCCCAUCGGUUUCAGAAGCAGCGACAACCGAAUCCCCAUCUCCGUCAUCACCAGUCCUAGACUCAUCAACACCAGCGAAACCUUUGUCAAUCUCGUCUGCGGCAACGUCCGUGCCCACCCUGCCCAUUGUUACGCGUAAAUCAGCCUCACCAGCUCCGGUACCCCACCCCAGACCAUUGACGGCAUCACCAUCUAACGUCGCUGCUGGUAAAUUGGGAGCACCAGUAGCCACCAAAGAGCGACACACUUCUCCUUCGCCUCUAGGCACGGCCGAUGCGAAUGUCGCCAAAGUUGGAGUCGGCAUGCCUGGGGGUGCACCUGUACCAGGGACCAAAGCGGUGAAGCGAGCUGCCACCGGGCCAGGUGCCACAGGUGCGGAGAAGAGAAAAAAGGCGCUGAAGAGGUUGUAA